AUGUCUCUCCCGGUCCUCUCCACGCAACCAUUUCCUUCUGCUCCCCACCCAAUCACCCCCACCAUCGCUCUCUACUCGCAGACGGAAGGUUCGACCUGUGCAAGAAAACCGAAUCGACAGGCCAUUUCAGAGGUCCCUAAUCGCAACUGGACCGCGCCUCUGAGGGACGGUCUGCCAACGCCUCCCAACGACAUGAACGGGGUAGCUUACAACAGCAUCCCCUCGACCAACUAUGGAAUCACACUUCCCCCAUACGCAAAGCAGCCCGCAUACCCCCGGAUGAACUCCUCGAAUGCUGCGGUACCUUCAGCAUCGGCGGCUCAUCCGAAGAGCCAACCUUCGAUUCACGAUGCCCCGGCCUCCGAGCCCAACAAUCAGAAGAAAGGAUCGAGCUCGGUGGCUUCAUACCUGAAGGUUCCACCCUCCAUCAGCAACAGCAAAGGAAGUCUGACGGAAUUUGCGGCUCAGAUGACUUGUCUUUUCUGGUUCGAGAGCACAGCCAAGUUGAGGGCUAUCGAAGAGCGCCUGAAUCCGGUCUUUUCCCUCGUCCCAGAAGCAAUCCCCUCUGCCGGUUUCCAGAAGUGGGUGACGAACAUCCUCUCCACGACGCAAGUGAGCCAAAAUGUCAUCUUGCUGGCAUUGCUUUUCAUCUAUCGCUUGAAGAAGUUCAACUCUGGCGUGCGAGGAAAGAAAGGCAGUGAGUACCGGCUGAUGACCAUUGCUCUCAUGCUGGGGAACAAAUUUUUGGACGACAACACGUACACGAACAAGACCUGGGCCGAAGUAUCCGGAAUUUCCGUUCAAGAAAUCCACAUCAUGGAAGUCGAAUUUCUCAGCAACGUUCGAUACAACCUUUUUGUUUCUGAGGAGGAAUGGACCCGGUGGCACGCCAAGCUUGGUCUGUUUGCCGAUUUCUUCCACAAUGCGCCUUUGGUCCCCGAGCAGAACGAAUUGGGGCCUACUCCUCCAGUACUUCGCAUUUCCCCCAAUUUGGGCCCGUCGCCUCGGAAGCAGCCAUCGCCUUGCUCGAAAUUACCAUCACCACCCGCGCUAGAUUCCCUGCGUGCCCCAAGCUGGAAUAUGCCAGCCAACACACCGGCGUACACCAAUGGACCCCAGCUCAGCAGUCAGAUUCCCUCGGCAAACCCUCGGAAACGAAGUCGGGAUGAUACCGUCGAAGAAACUCCGUCGAAGAAGAUGGCCAUGCCAAACGCCAACCCUGCGCCUUCGUCUGCACUCCCACCAUCAUCUGCGUUGCCCACAAUGUCGACUUUGCCCCCAGUCUUAACGCCUACGUCCGCACCCACCGUGGGCGCACCGGCAGGAGCCACGUCUCGCCUUCCUCGUCCGAACUUCCCUCCUUUCUCUCACUCCUUCAACCCAAGCGUGCCGACCUCCAUGCCUCAAGUCCCUUCCACCACCGGACGAGCGAUGCCACCGAUCUACAAUACAACCACCAACUGGGUUCCACAGGUGGCCCCUUCAACUGGAGUCCCUCCUGUCACCAGCGGCAUGUACAACUCAUCAUUGUCGCUACCGGAUCCCGCAAGACAGCACAACAGCCCGUUUGGCGUCUCCUCGGCAACAGUGUCGCCAGCAGUAUCCGCAUACUCGGUUCAUACGCCCCAGACCAACCUGUCCCCGUCCUUCUUCUUGGCAAACCGCAACUCGCCGUACCGGCCCGUUCGAAAUGUCAAUACUCUCCUGAUUCCCCCUCCGUCGACUUCUCUUCAACAACAGCGCAACAUUCCAUUUGAGCACAUGCACUACCAGCCUCUGGGCAAGACGGCGGCGGAACGCAAGACAGGUCUGUUGCCUUAUCUUCACCACGAAGCUUGGCCUCAGGGGCCUUUUUUCCCUCCCACCUUCCACUCAAACCCGAACUACUCGACCUAA